AUGGACGGGUCGCAAGGCCAGGCGGGUCAGUCCAUGGGCCAGCCGGCUGCGCAGCAACACUCCAAUCUUAUUCGAACCGACCAAGUGCAGAAGCUUCCACACCUGAACGAAGCCCAGAAAGCCCAGCAUACCCAGCUCGUUCGCAGCUUCUGGGAGCAGUUGAACACGCGUGAUCCCCAGAGCCACGAAUACCAGAAUGCCCAGAUCAAACUCUCCCAGUUGUCACAGAACUUGAUGAAGGGUAUGCGGAUGUUCCAGCAAAACCGUCAGCAAGCGAUCCAGCAGCAUCAACAGCAGCAGCAACAGGCUCAGGUUCAGGCUCAGGCUCAGGUUCAGGCCCAGGUAGCUGCACAGCAAGGUCAACAGGGUCAGCCAGUCCAACGGACCCAGUCUAAUAACCCGCAAACUCUCAACCAGCUGCUGCCGCAGAUUCAGGCCAAGGUCAACUCCCUCAACUUUUACCUGCCGCCGAACGUCACACAAGAACAAGUCCAGACAUGGAUUCCUGAGGCACGAUUGCGAUAUGGCAUUGCGCUUCAAAAGCAGGAGGUUGGACGCGCGCGGUUGGCAGAUUUGCGCCAGCAAUACUCGCAACGCCAAGCGUCGGCCAAUAUGUCGCAGGAGGAGGUACAGGAGUUUAAGAAUCGGCAGCUGGCAGCAGAAAAGCUGUUCCGAGAGGGUAGUGACUUCCUUAACAAGUUCAAGGAACAGCAAGAGAGCUUCAAGAUGCAGUCGCAGCAAAACCCCCAGAUGAGUCAACCAGGACAGGGCACCACUGCACCGGUAACUCAGCCCGCUCCUGCCCCCCUGCGGCAACUCAAGCGGCACCCAACCCUCAAGCAGGCAAUGCUGCGGCUGCCGCCGUAA